UGGGAAUUGAGGUCCAAGAGGACCAUGUCCAGCUAAAUUAACCGAGAUCUUGGCCCCUCGUGAGUUUGCACGUCACACGGUCAUCUCUCUAUCCCUCCCCCUGCGUAGCCCUUAUUUCCUGCUUGCCGGCUCCACGUCGCGCGGGCAGCCGCAGCCUAGAGUUGGAGCCCAAAGACGCCAUGGAGGUACAGACUCAACCUCCGUUUCUGGCCAUAAUGGCGAUCCACGAGUGUGUCGAGGUUGUUCUGGGCUGCUUACCCCGCUCCGACCUCAAGAGCCUGCGCUUGGCAUGCAAGGCGACAGACGAGGUCGUUACGUCCAGUGUAUCGCCCCUCUUUCGUCGGGUGUAUAUCUCGGCGUAUCGACAUGAUCUUGAGGCUCUAAGGGAGAUUGCGCGCCACCCGCGCUUGUCGCGCUGUGUCCGUGAGUUGGUCUGGGAUACCUCCAUGCAGCCUAACAUGUAUCCGCUCCGCGAGUCAUAUUAUUACGAAACCUACUAUCAGCAGCAAGCGUCUGAAUAUAUCGUCGCCGGAUUCACGGAUGCACUCACCCAGGGGAAAGACUUUGAGCUCCUCGUCGAAGCGCUCCCUUGCUUCCCGAGAUUGCAGGGUGUAACAUUUACCGUGCUCAUGUCGCACUGGAUCCCGCGGUCGCAUAGUCCAAAUACCGCUUCGCAUCCGCGGUUUGAUUUUAGGACGGAGCUUGCGCUGGUGGAUGGGGUGACGCAGUAUUCGUCGCCUGCGAUGCGGGCGUGGGAGGAGCGCGGGAUCGGCUAUGUCCUCAAGCAUCACAACAUCCCACUUGGGUAUCCACGCCAGAUACCGGAUGAUGAUGUCUUGACGAGUCUCGAGGAGAUGGCGGCGGGUCUACCAACUGCAGAGCGCGUUGAUUUUGCGGAACUCGCGACGUAUACUCAUCGCGCGCCGCUUUUGAUGCUCGCUGCUCUCCGUGCGCUGAGGAUCCGGCUAACCUCCUUCGUCAUCGACCUCCCAUUCCUGCGCGCGAGGCAUCGCAACGUAUCUACUUCGUGGUUCCGAGGACUCAACCUUCUUAUCCUCGGGUUCCCAACUAUCCCGCUGGCCUCCAUAUGGUUCUUCGACAUGUUCCGCUCCCUCCGCCGACUGCGACUCGGUCUGGAUGACACCCCUGGCGGCAGGGAAUCGAUAGCGCGCGCGUUCACCGGCGCCACAAGCCUCGAGGUCCUGGAGGUGGUCUUGUACCGUCACGGCUGGCUUGAUUUGAACAACCUUCUGCCGCCGCUGAGACUGAAGAGACUCGUGUUGCAGAAUUUUGAUGUAGGCAGGGGCGAUUGGGAGAAUGUUCUCAUGCCCUGGUGCUUUGGGAACCGUCUGGAGACGCUGCACCUAGCUAGGUGUCGUUUUCUGAGGCCGGAGGGUGUUGGCAGGACGGAGAUUUUUGCUGCGCUGUUGGCGAGGGAUACCAGUUGUCCGCCUCGGGAUGUACUGUACUCGGAUUUUGAUAGGGAACUCGGAUACCGCGUCGACUCGGACUCGAGUUCUAAGGAUGCAGAAGACGACGCCGAAGAUGAACACGGAGCCUGCUUCCUGGACAUAGACUUCAACUCCGACUCAUCCUCAGAAUCAGACCCAGACUUCUUCCCCAGCACAGAAGAAAUGCUCUCCCGCCACGCCGAUGCCCCAUUCUACGACGACGCAGCCGGGGACUUUGCCGAGGAAAUGGCAUACGUAUACUGGCAGUACUACCACAGCGAAGGCCCAGACGAGUUCACCGAGCCGAGUGACACGGUGCCGAUAGAAGACGAGAUCCCCAUGGCGCGCUUGCGGGCAGACGCGGCGCGGAUGAUUGACGACGAGGUCACGGAUGAAAAUGUUGAGCUUGUGUACGAGGCAAGGGCUUGGGGGUGUGAGGGGGGUGGCAAGCUGAGGGUUUGGAUUGACGGGUUUAAGGUGCAUAGUAAGAGGUACGAGGUUUGACGUGUGUGUGGUUUUGGGGAGUUGAACCAUGUGUCUUCUCUCUGCUUGGCCUCGGUCCAUUGUCCGCGACGUGCUCGAGCUCCUCCCGUCGCAAGAGGAUGGACAAUUCCGGGCACGGCUCCGCGGAGGCAGGCUCGACCCUUGUUCAAGAUAGCAGAGAAGACGCGUCGGACCAAGGUGUGCCUUCUGAAAAUGAAAUAGGAAGGUGCGACCCGUGACGGAGAAUCUAAGGAACGGUCGUUCCGUCCUUAAACACAUGCUGUGUACACAAUAUGGAAAGAGUAUAAAUUGACUGUCUGAUACCGUGAGAAGAUUAAUCCUGCCUAGCAGCACCUGUACCUUCUCCUUCUGACUGGUACUCACUCGCUGCCCGAGGCGCACUCAGGCCACUGGCCCUAAAGUCAAGGGUACAAGUGUCCGCAUAAUGGUCUAAUAAUACGCAAGCCGCCGG